CUAACCACUUGAACAUCAACAAUGCUGUAAUAGACAAAAUCAUGGAUAUGCAACGAAUAAAUGGUUUUCUGUGCAAUCCAGUAAACAGUAAUCUCUUGACUGAGUUCUUCCACUCAUGUAUCAAUGAAGUGAGUAAUUAUUCGUCACCAACUUUUCAACAGUUUGCAAACAUAGGUUGGACUGAAGAUGAAUAUGAAUUUUUUCACCAGUUAACUAUUUCUCUUCUUAAGGAGCCAACAAUUUGUUGUUUAGACCGAGAGAAGAUAUCACCACAAUCAACGAAUUAUGCCAUCGAUAUUCCAGAAGAAUUGUUGAAUUGUGUAAAAACUAGAUUAAGUCAUAUUACUGAUACUCUUAUAAUUAAUUAUUCGCAAAAAUAUAUGCCAAUAUUAACUGAUUUCGAUUGGAGAGUGCACGUGGUAAUGGGAUCUAGCAGUGUUGCUUCAAUAAGACAACCAUUGCUCCAAUUAGACUUAAAAAUCAAAGAUCAAAAUUUAGAAAGGAUAGAGAAACUUGAAAUGAAUGAAGAAGAGCUGGAACAUUUUAUUAAAGUGCUCGAAUCAACAGAGUGAUUAAUUUUGAACAUAAUUGUAAUAUAUUUAUAAAACUAUCUAAUUUUAUAUCCUUUAAUUGAUAUAUUAAAAAUUAUAAAAUAGCAAGGUUUAA